UGUAAUGACCCAACCUUCUUUCUACUCUUUGGUAUUUUAGAACAUUUAAAUAAGAACAUCACUUAUGUCAUUAAUUUUUAUUGUCAAAGAAAAGUCUAUAUAAUACAUGCAUAUAUUUAUUACAAAUUGAGUUUAUUUUAUUGGCGACGAAAUGGACGCCGAACAAUUCGCUCAGUUCCUGAGCAUACAGCAAGCACAGCAGGAACAAAUCUUAAAAAUAUUAAGUAUGGCACUUACACAUACAGCAACACGGACGGAAGCAGGUACCUCACAAGCAGAUAGCAGCGUGACGAGCGCUAACACUACUGCACAAGGACAGCCUAACAAGGUCGCUAUUCUAAAAGCUUUUAAUAUGGACAAAUUUAACCCCGACAAUUACAGGGUGAGUGACUACAUCGAUUUUUUUGAAGCCAAGUGCUCAAUACACGCAGUAGACACAAAUGAUAGUCUGAAGAAAGACCUAUUACUUAACUGUAUGACACCUGACCUUUUCAGGGAACUGAAGACAGCACUUACCCCCAACUUUGAAACCAGCACAUACACCGACAUUCGUACAAAACUCUUAGACUUAUACCGCGUCAAGAAAACGCGAUACCGCGCACUCAUAGAAUUUUGGAGUUGUAUUAGAGAAAAUGAUGAGUCCAUAGAACAUUACACAAACCGUCUUAAAGCGUUGAGCAUAGAUUGCGGUUACGACGACAAACUACUAGAGCGCCAGCUUCGUGAUCGCUUUGCGACAGGCCUUAAUCACACGGAACUCGAAACAGAUCUGAAACAAAAGUGGCCUAACUUAACAGAAAUAAUUAAUGGACAGACGACCGAGGUGACAUUCGCCACAUUAUUUUCAAUCGCACAAUCACGAGAACAAGCCGAAAACGACACGCCAUCAACAAACGUUAAAAGAAUAAGCAAGAAAGCUAACCAUAAAGCUGACAAACAAGAAGCUACGAAUUACAGAAGCCCCCGAAAAAUACGUUCCAGUCAAUGUCUACGUUGCGGCAAGCACGAUAAACAUAAUUUAACAAAUUGUCCAGCAAGGAAACACAUAUGCGAAGAAUGCAGCACAGAAGGACACUACGAAAGCUGCUGUAUUAAAACUGGCCGAGCAUACCUAAUCAAAGGCAGACCUAAAGUACCCGGGUACAAAACACAACGUGUAACGAACACCACAGGAUCGUCUUCUAACACGAAUGACGAUUCUUCAGACGACAGUGACAUUGAAGACGAUCUAGUAUGCAACGUCGCUCCAGCACGAAACAGAGACUGUAAGAGAAUAGAUGUUAUUAUUAACGGAAAACACUGUACUAUGGACUGGGACCCGGGAUCAGCGUACUCAAUCAUAAGCACAUCCCUUUGGCGGCAAAUAGGUGCUCCAACAUUAACGAAAGCUCCUAAAUUAAAAGCGUACCAUAACUUCAAACUCAAAUCAGAGGGUCUCACCGACGUCACGGUGGAAGUCGAGGGGAAACAGAAGAUUGUUCCCGUAGUUGUCAUGAAACACGCAGAUCCGAUGCUUUUUGGGUUACAAUGGAGUGAGACCUUCGGAAUGGAGUUCCCCAAACCUGUAUACUCCAUUAAAAACGUAACGCCGACGACUCUACAACAAGUAAUUGACAGAUACAAACCACUUUUCGACGGGAAGCUUGGCAAAGUUGAGGACUACCUUGUAAACAUUCACAUAAAGCCAGGAGCAGUACCUGUACAUCUACCUGCACGACCUAUCAAGUUUGGGAUAAAAAAAAAUAUUGAAAAAGAAAUAGCGCGCCUUGUGGCAGAUAACAUUAUACAUCCCGUAGACCCUAACGUGACACCAGUAGAGUGGGCGACACCCACAGUAAACGUCGUAAAACCGAACGGUGAUAUAAGAAUCUGUGGAGACUUCAGAAGUACGUUAAACCCUGUUUUGAUUAAACAUUUACACCCAGUUCCACUUUUCGAUCAACUACGACAAAAAUUAGCACGAGGGAAAAUAUUUUCAAAAAUAGACCUUAAGGACGCCUAUCUGCAAUUUGAAAUAGCACCGGAAUCAAAAAAAUACCUAACACUAUCGACACAUCUAGGAUAUUUUAGGUAUAAUAGAAUGCCUUUUGGAAUAUCAACAGCGCCCUCCAUAUUUCAACAUUACUUAGACGAAUUACUAAGGGACAUUCCUAACACAGCAGUGUAUUUUGAUGACGUUGCAAUAGCCGGAGAAGACGUGAAGGAACACCUACGCACACUUGGCGUCAUCUUUGAGCGACUACAGAAAGCAGGCCUAAAAGUAAAUCUACAAAAAUGUUCAUUUCUACAAAAUCAAAUAGAAUAUCUUGGCCACUCUAUAGACAAAAACGGUAUACGCCCGACAAAACAGAAACUAGAAGCAAUUUCCAAAGCUGCGACACCUACCAACGCUAAAGAAUUAAGAUCAUUUCUGGGUCUUGUAAAUUUCUAUGAACGUUUUAUACCACAUUUACACGGAAUAUGCGCUGACCUUCAUGAACUUACUGGUAAUAGGCAACCGUGGCGUUGGACAGAACAUGAAAAUCAGAUAUUCGAAGCCACUAAACAAUGCAUUACCUUAUCAAAACCACUGACUGCGUUUGACGAAGACAGAUCAAUCUUUCUAGCAUGUGACGCUUCAGAGAAAGGCGUGGGAGCCGUGUUGUAUCACAAGAAUGGGAACACAGAACAACCCAUAGCUUUUGCCUCAAGGAAACUUCGAACAGCGGAGACGAAAUACUCAGUCAUUGAUCGCGAAGCACUCGCCAUUUUGUUUGGAAUCAAGAAAUUCGACCAAUAUUUACGAGGAACCAAAUUUACCUUACUUACUGACCACAAGCCAUUAAUCCAUAUACUGGGUUCUCAGCGUAAUCUUCCCAAAGUAGCAAAUAACAGACUCGUUCGAUGGGCACUAAUAAUUGGCUGCUAUAAUUACGACAUAUGUUACCAGAAAGGUGAAAACAACAUACUAGCCGACUGCCUCUCCAGAUUACCAAACUCUGAAACACAGCCUUCAGAAACAGAGUGUGCUGUACAUCGCAUUGAGUCAUGUCUUCUAGGAACCAGAAUGACAGAUUUACAUCUCUCUGAGGAUCUUUUGAAGGAGACAACCAGCCAAGACGUCAUAUUAUCAGAAGUUUUAAAAUGUAUCAAAACCGGCUGGAGAGAAAUACACUUUACCAGUGACGUUAAGCAUUUCUUCAAAAAGCGUAACGAACUUUCAAUAGAAAACAAAAUAAUAUUAUGGCAAGGUAGAGUGGUGAUUCCAGAAAAACUACAACGCAAAGUCCUUGCAUACCUCCAUAGAGGCCAUCCUGGAAUAUCAGCAAUGAAGGCACUUGCACGUUUCUAUGUUUGGUGGCCAUCCAUUGAUGAAGACGUAGACCAGUAUGUCAAGAGAUGUUGUAGAUGCCAACAAAAUAGACCUCAUUGCCCUGAACUUCCAAUCUACUCGUGGUCUAUCCCUGAGAAAGUAUGGGAAAGGAUCCAUAUCGAUUUUGCAGGACCUUUUGAAGGUACUUACUGGUUAGUCUUGAGCGAUGCCUUAUCGAAGUGGAUAGAAAUUAAACCUAUGAAGAAUAUUACUACGUCAAAAUUGUGCACUGAGUUAGACGACAUAUUCUGCACCUUUGGUCUCCCAGAAAUAAUUGUAUCUGACAACGGCCCACAAUUCACAUCAUCAGAAUUUAAACAAUACUGUAAAAAUCAAGGCAUUUUGCAUAUUAGAUCUUCACCUUACCACCCAAGAACCAAUGGUCUCGCGGAACGCCUCGUAAGGACUUUUAAAUCAAGAUUUGCAUCCGGCACAGAACCCCAACACCAGCGUUUAAGAGAGUUUUUGUUCACGUACAGGAUCACACCCCAUAACACUACGGGCAAAUCACCAGCGGAAGUAAUGUUUGGACGUCAAAUAAAUACGUUAUUGUCAAAUAUUCGACCAAAUAAAAGGAGGGAAUUACAGUACAAACAAGUAAAGGUCAAUAUUGAAACCUCAACGAAUAAACCAAAUUAUGCACCCGGUAGUCCAGUAUACCAUAGAACUCGGCUUGAAAAGUCGUGGCAGCCUGGAAUUAUAGCAGAGCGCAGACAUCGCUACUCUUAUACUAUUUCGACACCACAUGGAGACGUCAUAAGGCGACACGCUGAUCAUAUUCGACCUCGACUGAAAUCGCUUAAUAACCCUCCAAAUUACCAUGAACCAUCUCCUUCAUCCCCCCUAACAGAUAUGUUUCGUACGCCCGAUGCCACUUCGAGUCCUGGACCGUCACAAAUCUCAUCCGCCACUCUUAACUCCACCCUGAUGAGCCCUCCACACAACAGCUCCACCACUCCUGAAGAUUCAUCACACACAGGAAAUACGAGUAACAGAAGCCUGUCGCCUGAUCCAGAUCCUGUAUCUACAUCGGCAAACCCUACAACGCAGCACCGUAGUCAGCGGGCAACCAGACCACCUCGGAGACUUAUAGAAGAGAUGUGAUCAGGGAUGGGGAGGGACGAAUGUAAUGACCCAACCUUCUUUCUACUCUUUGGUAUUUUAGAACAUUUAAAUAAGAACAUCACUUAUGUCAUUAAUUUUUAUUGUCAAAGAAAAGUCUAUAUAAUACAUGCAUAUAUUUAUUACAAAUUGAGUUUAUUUU